CCGCCAGCAGUGUCCACUCGCAUGAACCGUACCUGGGCAGAUAGACGCCUCGCGCUGACCACAGCCUCCAUCCUUCCUCUCCAACCCCCAGACCACAAGCAGGCAUCGCAACUCCGCAAGUUGCUUCCAAUGCCUAUGGCCUAGCGAUUGCUGAUAUCCCGAGGUCCUCCGGUCGGGCAAAGCCGCUCCUUCGAGAACCACCCGUCGAUUGUCUCGUGUGACCGCGUGCGACCGAUUCGAGUGCGCCGCCAUCAAAAGAUAGACUGGCCACCCUCAACCUCCACCUCGGCCUUGUUCUUGCUCGCCUGCCCUCUUGAACACGCCGUUCCAAUCCGAACCUGCAAUCCUCCACGAUGCCCAAGCAACACGUCAUCUUCGGCCGGCCUCUGCCGCGGCUCUCCUCCCGCCGCAUAUCCGUCCUCCUCGCCAGUCUCUCCAUCUUCGCCGUCUUCAGCCUGCUGUUUACGGCGCCAUCGUCCAUCCCAGGGCCCACCCUCUCCAUAUCUGACCACAAGUUCUCCAUGUCGAUACCCAAGUGGAAGUCGCCGUCAUGGAAUCCUUUCAGGUCCCCACCCCAUCCACCGCAGCGCCAGGCCAACGACACCGACGGCCAGUCCUCGUGGUUCUCCGACUGGAGGUGGCUCGCCAUCCCCUUCAGCUCGAGUUACACCCUGGACGAGACGAGGGCGUUGCUACCCUAUAUGCCGGCGAGGCCCGAGGUUUACUGCUACUACGAUACCACGGUUCAAAGGGACCCCACCAUGAAACAGGCCCAGAACGAGAUUCUGCUGUCGUGGAGGCGGGCAUGGUGGGCACAGGGGUUCAAGCCCAUUAUUCUGAGCGAUGCGGAGGCCACUAGCAACCCCUUGUACGAGGAGCUGAUGCGUAUGAAGGUUGAGCCCACCUUACAUGCCGAUUUGAUGAGGUGGUUGGCCUGGGAGAACAUGGGGGGCGGCCUCCUGACACACCACCUGCUAUUCCCCAUGGCAGCCCAUGACGACCCAUUGUUGACUUAUCUGCGCCGUGGGGAGUACCAGGGCUUGACGCGGUGGCAGGAUCUUGGAGACGGUAUGUUUGCAGGAUCCAAGCAGGAAAUCACGGCCGCUAUCAAGGCUGUCUUUGGCAGCUCCAAGGCCAAGACGGCCAAGGACUUCCUGUCUGCUCUGCCGGCCGAGGAGGAUGACGAGAAGAAGCUGUUCUGGGUGGACGAGCCCCCAAAGUCGUUGGCCUAUUACAACGACGUCACUCUAUCUGAGAAGUACGACAAGGUUGCCAAGGCCAUCUCUAACAACGGUGCAAAGGGCCUGGACAGCUUGAACCAGCUCAUCACCUCCCAUCUGCAUCUCACCUGGCAGAACAACUUCAAGAAGGGCAUUUCGGUGCUGAAGCCACUUCCACAUCACACUACCACAAUGGUCCAGCCGGCAGUCGAGCUGGCCAACCGGUUGCAGAAAUGUACCGAGUCGCCCCUGCAGACCUCCUGCCCACCUAACAAUCCCAAAUGUGCUCCUUGCGUCUCAUCCACUCCCCUCAAGAUCUCAAGCCCGAGCAGGUACCGCAACACAACCGGCAUAUACACAAUCGGCACAGUGCCCCACCCAUACACCCUGCACACCUUGAAUGAGCUCAAGGACAACCUCGAUAUCCCCUGGAUCCGACGUGACUGCCCGCGUGACAUCUGGCUGGCCGAGGUGACCAAGGAAUACCUUGGCUCGGGCGUCGGUGGUGCUCCACGCGUGCUUCGCUUCAAGGAGGCCGUCGCGGCAGAAUUCACAGCAUCAAAGUCUAUCUGGCUCACCGCCGAGCAGGAGCUGCCUGACGACCUCGAUUGGCAUUUUGGUUUCGACGUCCCGACAGAGGGCCUCGACCAGGGGAAGUCGGAGACCCCGGUGCCCGGCCCGGAGCGGAGGCCGCAGCCGGAGCAUGAUCGCAAAGACGGGCCCAUAGCCAAGCCGGACGAGCUGCUAAAGGAGCCACAGCUGCUCAAGCGGGCCAGGGAGGUGGUCGGUACGACCAAGGACAAGAAGCAGAUCGCGCUGAGGACUGCGAUCGAGGCAUGGAAUUUGGCCGACACGGAGGCUUGGAAGUUCGCGCGGGCGUUCCUCGCCAGGGAGGGUAUGGAGCGCAAGAAGUUUUCGGAAGAGGAGAGCAAGUACGCCCACGGCAUCGGCACCGAGGUCGAGGCGAGGGACGGUGCUGGCUGGGGCAGGUGGCUUGACAAGGGGCACUCGUGAGCGGUGUAGCCCUUGGGGCAUCGUUAUUUGUAUUUCAUGUGUUUCAACAUUGGCGUGUAAUCGCGGGUCAGGGCAAAUCACAUGAUGGAGUUUUGAGCGGGCGAUAGACUGAUUCUUUGCUUGCUAUCGGACAACCUUAUGAUGCUCACCAACGAGCCCAGGUCAUGAGACUUUUGUUCAGUUCAAACUCGCUAUCCCCCUGCGUACAGCAUUGAACGUCGAGCAGGAAAGGGACGUCGUCGUAGGAGUCCAUGGGUUCGAGAUGGCGAUUGGUUCUACGACUGAACAUUCACAAAGGGUGGGGAGCCAAGGCACCAAUUGCGACCCAAUACCAGUUGACUGUAUGUCCUGAAGAUAGGUCACAAUUGUGUUAGACAGAGUGACGGUCUCAACCCUAUGGGAUGGAAUCACUACAUAGAGCCUAGCCCAUGUGUCUUAUACCGUCGGUUCUGAGCGUAGUUCAAACUGAGGUAGAUCUGAGGUUUUGAUUAUAAUUCCACGAGGAAGCCACCGAGCAAUCAAGUUGUAACUACCUAGGUAGGAAGUCAGGGUGCAAGGCCCAUAUUCAGGAGGGCGUCCAUGUCGUUCGGCGCACAGCGCUGGUCAACUCUUAGGGCUGGUGCAAUUGCUGGUAGUCCCAUAGGACGAUAGGCCUCUUCCAAUACCUGGGUGCAUCCAUGCCCAUGCCCCUCAUCACUCCCAAAGAUUGCCAUACACUAGGGGUGAACCUCAGAUUCUAGAGCAAUUAUGAAGCGCC